UUUCCAAUCUCGAAGCAUCCGAAUGCAAGCAUCUCGGAUCAAAAACCUGGCACCAAGAUGGUGGGUCAGCCAACGAUAGGCGCGGCCGGACGACUGUUGGUUCGCAUGCAACCAAUCAGGGUCGAAUGAAGGUCGGUACGGCGCAGCUACCCCAUCCACCACACCGGAACCGCGCAUGCUGGGGGAUCACGAAUUAAAAUACCUUGCUCUAUACCCUCGGCAGUCGCCCGUCGACCCGUGUGCCAUACGGUUGCCGUCCGAUAUCGGUAUAGUUUCAUCUCGGUGCACACAUAGUUUCGUGGGUGCCAUCAUCAACAAGUAGUGCGGAAUUGUUUAUAGUCGAGAAAGUUGCCAAAUGAAAGAGAAGAGAAAAAAAUCUAGAAAGAUGGACACAAGCAAUUCUAGAACUUCUCAACGAGUAUUAUCAUAAUUUAAGCCCACCUACAAAUUUGUGCUGAUGAUUAAACUCUGCCAGGUUUUUGCAGAUGGUUAACACUAUUUUUUAUUAGCCUUUGUAAUAUUGGUUGAUAAUUUAACGCUUAGUACGAAUGUAGCAAGGAUCCGAUGACAGUUAUUCAUAUUUUAUUAUUGCCCUAGACAAGUUGAACUAAUUAUCUAUCAGUUUUAUUCAAAAUCGCCAUAAUAUAUGCAAAAGCCAAAAAUUACAUUUAAAUAAUAAAGCGCGAAAAGGAGAUCACAUGAAUGCAUUUAUAGUAAUCGAAUUCUAUGUUUUACAUGGCAGAUCUUAUUUCCAAAUACCAUCUAAUUUUAAUUAAAUAUCACACGUCUAAUUUUCACAAACUUGUAUUAUAAUUACAAUAAUCGAUAGUGUUUCUGCAAAUCACGAAGACAGCGAAGAGUGUAAUAAAUUUUUACUUUUUACAUAAAAUUGUAACCAGUGCCAAAGUACAUGUUAAAUGUAAAUACACAUCGGAAAUUGUUAAAUUGUGAAACAUCGAUGGUUUUCUCUCACGGAAGAUAUCGUCAAUGAAGGGAAAUUAUCAUUGACGCGUUGACCAUGUUGAAUUAAAAGACUACGAUUUUUUAGUCUCAUAAUAGAUAUUUAUAUGUUACAUAUAUUGUUACAUAUAUUUGGAUAUUGUGUAGAACAGAAAAGCAAAAAGCAGACAGUUGACAGUAAAGAUUAUCCACUGUAACUCGCUAUAAAAUGUGCCAUAGCUAUUAUAAUGCAAUGCAAGGCAGAAUAAAACAGAAAAUUAUAAAACAAUUAUUAAUACAAAUCUAUUGAUGUACCUUAAGCGCGCCUGAACAAUAAUUGACAACGCCAAGCUUAUAUUGAAACGACUCAAUACUCACAACUUGAAUAAAGCAAAUCCGACAUUGAUGCGGAUCUCAUUCAGAUUCGGCGCAUAAUUAAAUCUACGCGAUUCAGCUUCCUAAAACUCGAGACACGAAAUUCGUCAGAAGACGGAAAGACGACGCUUUGAGAAGCGGCAAUUUCUGCGCACGAAAAAGGAAGAUAUGCUAUCUAUGUAACAUCGAAUCGAGAUCGCGGCUCUCGAUUUUUCCGACACCCAUCGGUUGACAGCAUCAGGUCCAGCUCGAGUCAUGGACGCAAGUGUGGAGGAAACCGAGCUCGACGUCGGAUCGGCGAGCGACGAGCUGGAGUCGUCGGUUGCGGAAGUGAAGCUCGCCCGACGUCCGACGCCGCGACCCUUCACGAUCGAGAGUCUGAUCGGUGGCGCGCGCGAGGAUCACGAUGCUGGUAUUGUCGUCGCGCGGGAUGACCGGACGAACGGCAGCGAGGAGGAAGAGCACCGGGACCGGGAGUAUCAGCUCUAUCAGAGGCAUUACCUGGCGACCGCUACGGCGAAUACGCUGCCCUCAGGUUUCGGCGUGCCACUGGGUCUGUACAGUGCCUGGCUACCGAUGCGGAUGUACGGCGGCAGCGGUGCAUCCGGCGUCCCGAUGCUGCCGCCGCAACAUCCGUCCGCCGGCUAUCCGGCUCAUCCGGAGCUGCAUCAGAGCCGGUUGCCACAGCUCUCCGCGUCAGCGUCCGGUCAUCCGCAGGGAUACUACCCCUUGGAUGGUUGCCGUCGCACGGGGAGUCAGCGUGCCCUCAGUAGCUUCACCGACAGCGAAGACGAGGACGGCAGCAUCGGUUCGCCGGCGUCGCCGGCGCACGAUCUCUCCAAGUCGCGACACGGAUCCGAGAACGAUCGUGUAUCAGCUGAGAGCGACGAAGAGGGUGGUGGGGCUGCGGGUUCCGGCGAGGGUCACGACAUUUCCGAUGGUGGUGUUGGCGGCAUCGGCAAUGUCACCACAAGUCCCAGCAGGUCCUUAGAGAACGGGCAAAAUUCGUCAACGUCGAACACCGGUGGCAACAAGGCCCGACGGCGACGUACCGCGUUCACUUCGGAACAGCUGUUAGAGCUGGAGCGCGAGUUCCACGCAAAGAAGUACCUGAGCCUGACAGAGCGUUCGCAUAUAGCGCACGCGCUGAAGCUGUCGGAAGUGCAGGUGAAGAUCUGGUUCCAGAAUCGACGUGCCAAGUGGAAGCGGGUGAAGGCCGGGUUGAGCGGCGGCGGCGUCGGCGUCGGUUCGACGGCGACGUCGGCUAUAACGCCCUCCGGCGCUUCUGGUCGCCACAAUGGUACCGCUGGCCAACACACCGGCUCAGGUACCAGAAUCGUAGUGCCGAUACCAGUGCACGUGAGCCGUCUGGCUGUCAGAUCGCAUCAUCAUCAUCUGGAGAAGUGCGCGAGGGCACCGCGAGCGAGGCCAACACCAUCAUCGGGCGAGAGCGCAUCACCGGGAGCGGGGUCGGUGUUGGGUGACACCUUGGGACUAGUAAACUCAUCAGUGAACCUGACUGGCCAGGUGCAGCCGCCACUGGGAGCCGGUAUGGGAGUAGAGAUCGGGGUUGGAGGUGGUUUGAGGGCCUUUGCGGUGCCAGCGCAUCGAGCUGGUCUCGGAUCCUCCGGGAGGUAGUGAACGUCGUGCGGAUGAUGAAUUGGACUCCUGGUACGUUAAGACGCGAAAGAAAGAGAUAGAGGUAAAAUGAUAAUCGGUGUAGAAUGUGCGCGCGACAAAAUGAAAUCGGAUGUCCUCGAUAUGAAUACCUAUCAAUCAAGAGUUAAAAAUCAACCACGAUAAAUGUGAAAAAUUACGAAAAGAUGAAUACUUAUAUCUUGACAGAUAUAUCUUUCUUUUAUAAUUUUUGUUAUAUGUUAAUUAUUCGCCGAGACAGGAGGAUUUUUCAUUGAAAUUAAAUUAAGCAUGCAUGACUCGCUUGCUAACAAUAGAAUGGAAUUUUUCUAUCAAAUAUUUUCUAUCUUUUAAAUGUUUCUUUAAUUAUUUAAAUUAUUUCUCUACUUAAUUCAUUUUCUGUCGCAUCGGUUUAAAUAUUCUAAAUGCGCAAGAAAGUCAUUUCGAUCAUAUUGCUCGAGCGCUCGAUAUCCUUUUCCGACUUCAUAGCGCGCAUUGUAAAUAGUAAGUCCUAGAAGUUUGUAAAUAUAUACAUGUAUACCAGGUAGAUAGUAAUUCCGCAUAAACAUCGUAGCUCGUAUUUGUAGAUAGUUUACAUUAAGCAGUGGGUUUCAGCCUGGCGAGCAACUAUUACGUGGCGGCAAUACCGCGUAUCGAUCAGCCGUGCGAUCAUCGCAGCUGUAUUACAACGACGAAACGUUACAACGAGGCGGAAGCGCACAAAAUGUCGGGCUAUAGACUUGCAUACGUUGUAAUAUCGUGUCGGCAAUAAAACGUGCGACUAUAAUUCGAAA